AUGUUCAGAAAGCCAUCUCUCCUUUGCUGCGGCGGCAGUUUACAUCUUUUCGGACAGUGGCCAGUCGCCUCCGCCUUGCAGCCAACUUACAUAUCUCCGCCUCAACGAAAGCAGCCUCCCAUACAGCAGUGCAGCAGAGGGUUUGCUCAUGCCCACGACUCCUAUCCAUUUGGACUCGAGCAUGAUAUGUCAUGGCCGUCAAGCCCGACAUUUACCCCCUACGAUAUAUUCAAACUGUCCAAAGCCGAACCGUAUUCCAAAAGACGAUAUUACGAUCUUGUCAAAGUCUACCACCCGGACCGGAAUAGCAACGACCAUCCACUAUGCAAGAACUUACCGGAAUCCAUGAGGCUGCACCGUUACAGACUGAUUGUUGCUGCACAUGAGAUUCUGUCCGACCCGGUCAAGCGAGAGGCUUAUGAUCGGUACGGCUUUGGCUGGCACCAGCGUUCCGAACUCUUCGCUGAAAAUAUGGCUAAGAAAUUGGACGUGCGAUAUGGAAGGAGCACAGAUGUUGAUGACUCCAUAUAUCGAAAUGCCACUUGGGAAGACUGGGAACGGUGGUAUCGAAGACAUGAUCAAAACCAGAGCCAGGCCUCAACAGUUUCGCACAGCACAUUUGCCUCAUUCCUCGUUUUGUUGGUGCUUUUUGGUGGUCUGGGUCGGGCGGUAUCCUUUGGGAAUUUUCCGGGAUCCGUCGAAGAACGAGUGAGAGAAGUCGAUAAGAAAUGCGUCAAGUUUCUGCACGGAAGGAGGCAGCAGACUAUUGCCGAAAUGAAUUCGUUGGAUGCUCGACUUCAGAGUUUCCUCAUUAGGCGGGAUCCAUCUGGUUAUGGACUGAAAGAAGAUGAGGAGGAGACAUAUCAAAAGGUUUUUAGCCCUCAUAAGUCGUCUAGUGCACUUGAUAUCAUCGACAAGCCAUUGCCAUUGCCAUCACCACCGCUAUCGCAAGCAGCCGUGGAAAUCAAAGUGGCCGACAGCUAA